UAAACACAGCUCACUUCGCCUUUCUUUACAUCUAUGAGACACCCUGUGUUAAAUGACAUUGUCUGCCUAGUUACAUUACAAGAACAAAAACCAAAUGAUAUCAUAAUAACAACAAAGAAGUUUAGAAUAUUAAAGGGAUUUUACACAUUUGAAAGACUAUUCUUGCCAGCACCAGCAUUUCCUUCCUACAAAUAAUAAAGGGGACCCAAAGACAGAGAAACAAAAUGAAUGAUUGCUGUGGAAAUGAACUUCGUAGUGAAUCUAUAUCAAAUAUGCUCAAUGUCAUUGUGGAAUCGAAAAUAAUUAGCAUUGAAGUGUUUACAGCUGCGGUGGGCAUACUCUUCAUGGUGGUCAUGUUGAAGAAUAAAUUCUGGAGUUUUUGUGGCACCUGAUUGUUGUGAUCGGCCAUAAAGUGUUUUAACUAUGAAGGAGGCGUAUUUUAUCUGCUAAAUAUAGAAAACAAAAACUAAAAAAAAUAUUAAUAAUGUAUUCCAGUCCACCCAAAUCCCACACCUUUUUUUAAUUUAUAAUUUUAAGAGUGUUAUUUGUAAAGGCUAAAAACCGAAAAUAAUAUGUGAUGGAGUUAUGUUAGAAAAAAAGCGAAAUACAAAUGUGUAUAUAAACAAACAA